AUGUCUGACGACAACACCAAGCGCCACUGGCACGGCAACCCCGGCGACCGCCACGAGCACCUCAAUGUCUGGAUGAGCGGUGGCUCCAAAGGGCCUGCCUCUCGGGCAGCCUGGGCCCUAACACCCGAGAUGAUGGCCGCAUCCCGCCGUGACUCUUCCUCUUCCACGGGCAGUGCAUCCAACCAACCUGCCGCCGAUUCCAACAAUUCUUCCCAGCCUUACUCCUCUGUCAACGAGCGUCGCCGCUCCAGCGCCGGCUCCGGCUCCGGUCUCUUUUCGAACUUGCACACCCAGAAGCGCGAGUCGACCGAUCCCAAUAUGGUCGAUCGUCGCGCCAGCUGGAGCGAGCAGCAGCAGAAGGGCGGCGUCUUCUCCAAGUUGUGGGAGGGCUAUACGCGCGGCAAAUAA